AUGGCUCGACCAUUGUUGAGCUCAAGCUCGACCCUUGCGGCUCGAUUGAAGGUAGAUGAUGAUGAUGAAUCAUUGAACUGUUGGGAGUCAUUGGGUGAACUCCAAGCAUGCACUGGAGAGAUACUCCUCUUCUUUCUGAAUGGAGAGACUUACUUAGGCCAUGGAUGCUGCGAGGCUAUUCACAUGAUUGGACACCAAUGUUGGCCUGAUUUGAUUGAUAUUCUUGGUUUUACUUCUGAAGAAGGUGGUGACGUACUUGAAGGUUAUUGUGAUGCCAGUGACCAUGAUAAUAAUACUGUCACUCCAUCAAACGCUGAAGCUGCCCUAAUUACUCCCACUUUGGUUCCUUAA